GAUCAUCUCACUCGCUCUCACUGUUUGCGUAUUUUAAGUUUAAUUAUAUUUCUCUGCUAAAGGGAAAGAGAAGAAAUAUAGUUAUAGGUAUAGCCAUGGCGGCAGCAACGUCGGAUUUUCCAAUACCUGAUUCUGACUCUGAAUUCGAUUCUCAGUCUAACCCUAACCCUAACCCUUCUAAUGCAUUGGUUCCUAACUCCUCCAGCGGCGCCACCGUAUGUCUUUUUAGAUUCGCCGGUGACUCCGCCGCCGGUGCUUUCAUGGGCUCCGUUUUCGGCUAUGGUGCGGGGCUUGUAAAGAAAAAAGGCUUUAAGGGAUCGUUCUCAGAAGCAGCAUCAUCUGCCAAGACAUUUGCUGUUUUGUCUGGAGUUCAUAGUUUGGUUGUCUGCAUAUUGAAGAAGAUUCGAGGAAAAGAUGAUGUUAUCAAUGCAGGAGUAGCUGGAUGUUGCACUGGUCUUGCUCUUAGUUUUCCGGGUGCACCACAAUCUCUUCUGCAGAGUUGUCUUACCUUUGGAGCAUUCUCAUUUGUCAUUGAAGGCCUUAAUAAGCAGCAGCCAGCUCUGGCUCAUCAAUUUUCUGUAACUAAGCAACACAAGAAUGUCCGUCCUUCAAGGACCCUUCUCCCUCUUCAGUUUCCUCUUCCGAAUGAACUAGGAGAGGCGUUCUCCAUGUUUUGUGAGUCAUUGAAGAAACACAAGAAUGGUCCUUUCUCCACAGCCGCCUAAGAAAUUGUGUUUUUGUUUUCGUGGUUUUACAUGAUCUUUGUGUUUUAGUUAUGAGGUGGUAAGAGGGGUUGGUUGGGUUCGUUAAGACAGACCAUGAUGUAGUUUGUAAAUUUUGUAGUCGGAAUUGCAUUUGCCAGUAAUAACAUCAUCUUUUUCUAUCUA